AUGGCAGACUCGCCCGUUGCGCCUUCGACGGGCAAGCACCCGCGGCUGUCGUCCCUGCGCUCGACGACCGAGCAGGGGUCGCCCGUCUCGACUCGGCAGCGUCAACUCGGGCAGAUUGGGGGGAAGAGCGGGCCUGGCUAUUCUCCGUAUGCGAGGAGGGUCGCGACGCGCUCGCAGGCACAGCAGCAGCAGCAGGCGGGCGGGAACGAGGGCGACGACGAGCGCGAGGGCGAGGGCAGCCCAACGCAGCAGCCACGGCAGGCGCAGGGCUUGUUUGGGAGGGUCAGGAGCUUGCCUGGGAGGAUGCUUGGACUCUUGACCCGCAGCUCGAGCAGCAAGCAGCUCGCCGCAUCGACCAGUCUCGCUGAUGUCAGGGCGGAGCUCGACGGCGAGAGGCAGCGCGAGGAGCGGCAGAGGGGACAGGGCAGGGCGGGAGGCAUGACGAGGAGUAAGACGAGCUACAACAUCGCCCAGGCCAAGGUCGCCAGCCAGCAGCCGCCGGUCGCGGGCGGCAUCUCGUCCUCCUCGUCCAUGUCGGCUCUCGCGACGCUCGCCGGCGGACCUGCUACUGCAGGUGGACGUUCAGCACACUCGACGUUGGUCCUGCCGAAUAGCGCCUCGACGAACGGCAGCGGCGCCGGACCUUCCUUCCUCACCGCCGCCAAUCUGGGCCGACACUCUCGCGCCGCCUCUCCCGCUCUCUCGUCCGCCUCGCUCGCACAGCAGCAGCGAAGGUCGCCUUCUCCUCUUCGCAACGGCCUCGUCGGCUCGAUGUCCUCCUUCCAGCUCGCCCAGCCUCCGUCGCCCACCGCUGCAUCGGCCAUCUUCAACCCGACACUGGGAAACAACGUCACGUCGAACCCCUUCGGCCUGACCUCUCGCUCGCCAUUCGUCUCGCGCACGGCGAUGCAGCCUCGCUCGCCGUCCAUUUCUGGCCGGUCAGUCUCGUCAGUCGCAGGCGGAGCAGCAGCCAGUACCGGCCACCCUCUCUUCCCAUACUCGUCGACUCUCCCGCGCGGCACCUCCCCCUCGCUCACCGGUUCAGUCUCGAUGCGCGACGGCCUUUCGUCCGCGGCCGGGCCUGUGGGCCAGAAACGCCCCUUCCGCGCCGGCAGUCCACUGAACCCGCAACACCACUUCCUCUCCGGCAGCGCGACCGUCGGUUCUGGGCUUUCGAGUCUCGCUGGGCACGGUGGCGACGAGAUUGAGAUGCUCUCAGAUGAGGCGGGGCUGAAUGGAGUCGAGAGGGCGAGGAAGAAGCAGUUGGUUUGGGACCCGCAGAGGGGGUUGGUUAGUCGAGAGCGGCUCGAGAAGGAGAAGGAGCGGGAAGCACCGCCCAUGCCGAAGAACGAGGCGGAGCGGAUCCUCGAAGUCCUUGAAGGGAUGGGCCGGACGCCGCUCGGCGAGGCCAAGCGUGGCACCGUCAAGCCCAAGCACAUCAACGUCCCUGCACUCGAGCAGUCUUCCUCCCGCCUCCCUCGCUCGUCAACCACUCCUUCGAUCCUCUCCGGCACGCCGUACGCCGCCUGCACAUCUCGCACCUCGGCCGAGCCCGCUCCCUCCACAACCCAGAGCGGCCGUCCCGCAAAAGGCCUUCAAGCGGUCCUCCGCGCACGCGAAGAGCGUCGCCGUGCGCUGAUCGAGCAAGAACGCGAAGAGCGCGAGCGCGAGCGGAUGGAGGACGAGGAGCGUGAGAGGGAGCGCGAGAGAAGGAGGCGCGAGAGGAGGAGACGGAUGGACGAACUGGUCAUGAGUGACGAGAUGGAGGAUGUGUUUUCGGCGCCUGAGGAGGAGGAGGUCGCGAGCCCCAAGCGGGUCACGAGGUCUGCUGCGAAGCAGAAGAAUUCGUCGAAGGGUGGGAAAGGCAAGGAAAGGUUGUUGGAACCGCCCACGCCGUCGAGGAGGUCGACUCGCGCUUCGUCACGCGUGCAGACCAAGUCGCCUUCACCUGCUCCGACCCCGCGUCGAACCCGAGGCGGCAAGGCUGCGCCUGUUGCAAGGGAGCAGGAGGACGAGGAGAUGGGUCGUGAUGAGACGGAGAAGGAGGACGAAGAGGCUCGUCAGGCCAAGCGGUCGACCAAGUCGCGCUCGCCUGCCCCGCCUCCUUCGGCAAAGAAGCGGUCUGGGGCGCCAACUCCCGCCGCCAAGUCUCCUUCGCCUCCUCCGCCUCAACCCACUGUCGAGGCCGCUCCUGCCGUUCCGAAAAUCACCUUCCCUGCGCCCUCUUCGUUCCCCGCGACGGCUCCUUCCACUUCAACCGGCCGCUCGUCCCUCCGACCCGGCAAGUCGCACACGUCGAGGCAGCACGCCAGCUCGUCGCGUGUCUUCUCGGCGAAGGAGGAGGACCUCCCGCCUAUCGACGACGAGGCGCUCGCGAAGAUCCAGAUGCCCGCCUUCAAAAUUCCCGCUGGGUUCUCGUUCGGCGCUCCCGCUGCGCCGUCGGCUGAGAAGAAGGACGAGGCUGCGCCGGCCGCAUCGAGCAGUAGCUUGUUGAGCCGCCUCGGCGCGCCUGCGUCGACCUCGACGAGCGAGCCGGCCAAGCCAGCGUUCUCGUUCGGCUCCGCCUCCUCGGCCGCCGACAAGCCUGCCGUGCCGUUGCCGUCUUUCUCGUUCGGCGCGACGGCCGCAAAAAAGGAUGAGGCGGAGAAGAAGGAGGACAAGCCCGCGUCGACUCCUGCCGCUUCCGACUUCUUCGCCAAGUCUGCGACGUCAGCGCCGUCGUCUUCAGGUUUCUCCUUCUCCGCCCCAGCUACCGCGCCUCCCGCCGCACCCGUCGCCAACGGCAAGCCCAGCUUCUUCGCCUCAAUCCUCGCCGAUAAGGAGAAGGGGACUCCUGCAGAGAAGAAGGCGGACGACGCUGCGCCGAAGCCCGCCAUGCCAACCUUUUCAUUCGGCACGGUGACGAAGAAGGACGAGUCGCUGCCGGUCAUUAAGCCGACAGAGGUUGUCCCGCCCACGCCCGACGCGAAGGAGGCUGCGACGCCGGUGGCGAACCCGUUCGCGGCCUUCAACAAGCCUUCUGCGGACGAGCCGAAGGAGGGCGAGCAGAAGAAGGACGAGCCGGCCAAGACUGGUUUCUCGUUUGGCGCUCCUGCUGCGACGGAGAAGAAGGAAGAGAAGAAGGACACGCCUGCACCGCUCUUCUCGUUCGGCGCUCCUAAGACCGAUGGCGCGGCUGCGUCGUCGCCCUUCUCGUUCGGUAGCGCCGCCGCGAAGCCCGCCGACAGGGCCGCCGCAUCUCCCUUCUCCUUCGGCUCUGCCUCGACUCCCGCAUCGACAACCGAAACGAAGGCUCCCGCUCCUACCUUUACCUUUGGCACGACUCCGGCAACUCCGCAAGCAGCGGAGAAGAAGGACACGACGCCCGCGCCUGCGCCUGUGUUCGGCGGCCUGAGUCCUGCCAAGGCAGCGGUGGCGGACGACGCGGACGGCGACAGCGGUAUGGAGGACGAGGGCGGCGAGUCGAGCGCGGCAGCUAGUCCCGCCCCUCCCGCUGCGCCGGCAUUCAGCUUUGGCACCUCGUCGAGCUCUGCCCCUUCGCCUUUCGGCGCAUCGACCGGUUCGACUGGCUUCACGUUUGGCGCAUCGACUGAGAAGAAGGACGCGCCACCCGCCUCGCCGUUUGGCGCAACCGCCGCCUCACCAUCCCUCUUUGGCGGUGCCGCGUCGACCGCCGCGAAGCCCUCCUUCUCCUUUGGCGCCUCUCCGUCCGCCUCUCCCGCCCCGCCUUCGCCUGCUGCGACCGCGCCGUCCUUCAGCUUCGGCGCAGGCACGUCGACAGCUGGCGCCGCGCCUUCGCCUUUCGCGUUUGGCGCGCAAUCUUCGGCGCCUGCCUUCGGUGCCGCGCCCGCCUCGUCCACUCCCGCACCUUUCACCUUUGGCUCCGCGACUCCUUCGCCUGCGCCAGGGACGCCAACUGGCGCGCCUGCGUCGACGGGCUUCACCUUUGGCGCACCUACGUCCACCGGGAUGGGCCAGUCGCUGUCCGCCACGAGCGCGACCGCCGCUCCGUCGUUCUCGUUCGGCGCUCCCGCAUCCCAGCCUGCGACGCCGGGUGCUGCACCCGCCUCGCCGUUCUCGUUCGGCGCGCCAGCGGGAGGAACGACGACAGGCGCCGUCGCAGGUCCCGGUGGCGCCGCGCCCUUCACCUUUGGCGCCAGUACUGGCACGCCCGGAGCGAGUGGAGGAUUCAAUUUUGGUGCAGGUGCGCCGGCUUCAGCACCUGGGACGCCUGGCGCGACAGGAGGAGGGUUGUUCAAUAUCGGCAGCGGAGGGAACGAGUCGUCGACAACUGGACCGGGCGGACGGCCGAUGCGACCGCUGAGAAGGACGAAGCGGUGA